CUGGACGUGAGAAGCCGUGGUAGUGACGCGGUUGAUCGUAAAUUCACAGUCCGACGGGAAGUGUCGAGGGCAAGGUAAACGAAGCAGCGGCAGGAAGCGAGGAAGGCAACGAAGAACAAAGACAAUCCGGCAUGGACCGGAGCGGAGCGUCUCUGGCGUACUACGAGCGCCCUCUGUCAUCAUCAGAGUCGCAGGCUCGCUCUGCGGUGCUUCAAGGGUGCGGGUUAAAGGAGUCGGACUACUCGUUGAUUUUUCUGCCUAAUGCGCGAUCAGGUCUGGACAUAAUGGCGAACGCGUAUCCGUUCGCGCGAUAUCCGAUGUUCUUGAACUGCUUGACAGGAGCGGAGGGGAAGGGAUUGACGGACGCGGCGGAGAGGGUGAAAGGCAGGGUACUUGCCGCGCAGCAGACAUGGUUGAAUCUGAAUAUCGCGGGCUCGCAGCUGAGCCUAACGAUCCGGAGGAAGUCGUCGAGGGCGGGAGCUUAUGGCGGUCCGAAGGGAUUGUUUGCCUAUCCGUUGAUCCCAACAGUGAGCAAGGGCUCGCAGGCGUGCUCGCGCUACUCACUGCACUGGAUAUCUGAGGCGCAAAGGAAUGGCUGGCAUGUUCUCCUCGAUGCGUCGGCAAUUUCCUUGGGAAUGGACAAGCUGGAUCUCUCAUUGCACAGACCGGACUACGUCAUCUGCAACUUCACGCAACUCGCCGGCUACUCGUCUUCCAUCAGCUGCCUCGUCUUCCGCAAGAGUCUUAGAUCACUCUGAACGGACCCCAGCUGCAGAAGAACACAUUCGAGGGGAAGCGGUGGGGGGGGGGCGUGGGUUGGCGGUCUGUAGCCACGUGCCAAUACCCCAUUCAUUCUUUAUCAUUCUUUCCAUCGUCCGUACGGUCGCAGCUUUGUCUGAGACCAUCCAUAAUAAAACUAUUAUGGCCGG